AUGGCCGAGCACGGCGAGCUCCUGGCCGAGAUGGGCACCGUGGCCCGGCUGACCGCCACCGAGCGGCUCCGGCACGCGCAGAAGCGCCGCGCGCAGCAGCUGAAGGGCUGGGCGCAGAUGGAGAAGGACAGCGCCCGCGGCAACAAGGCCGCCGUCGCCAAGGGCAACAAGAGGUCGGGGGGGGCCAAGGCCCGCAGGGUGGCCUUCCCCGAAAACGUCACCCUGCUGGAGGCGGCCGCCCGCAACGACCUGGAGGAGGUGCGGGAGCUGCUGAAUGGUGGGGUGAGCGCAGACCUGUUUAAUGAGGACGGGCUCACAGCCUUACAUCAGUGCUGCAUAGAUGACUCCGUGGAGGUGGUGCAGUGCCUGCUGGAUGCUGGGGCCACAGUGAACGCCUGUGACAGUGAGCUGUGGACGCCGCUGCACGCUGCUGCCACCUGUGGCCACACGGGGCUAGUGCAGCUGCUGGUCCAGGCUGGCGCCGACCUGCUGGCCGUGAACGCGGACGGGAACAUGCCCUAUGACCUGUGUGAGGACGAGGCCACGUUGGAGCUCAUGGAGGUGGUGAUGGCAGAGCAGGGUAUAACUCAGAACCGCAUUGACGAGUGCAGAGGGGUUAAAGAGGCAGAGAUGCUGGCGGACGUGCGGUCUCUGAUCCAGAGUGGAGCCGACCUGAAUGCACAGGACCAGCAGGGAGCUACGCUGCUGCACAUCGCAGCGGCGAACGGCUACCAGGCGGUGGGCGAGCUGCUCCUGGAGCAGAGGGCGCAGGUGGAGCAGAAGGACAGCGACGGCUGGACCCCGCUGCACGCUGCGUCCUGCUGGGCACAGAUCCAGAUGGUGGAGCUGUUGGUGGCUCAUGGAGGGAGCCUCAACACCAAGUCUGUCCUGGAGGAGACCCCACUGGACGUGUGCGCGGAUGACGAGGUGCGGGCCAAGCUCCUGGAGCUGAAACACAAGCACGACGCCAUCAUGAAGAGCCAGGACCGACACAAGGGCUCCCUGCAGAGACGAGUCUCCAGCACCGGCAGCAGGGGGAAGGUGGUGCGGCGCGUGAGCGUGAGUGAGCGAUCCAGCCUGUACCGCCGCGAGCACCACAAGGAGGCCAUGGUGUGGCGGGAGCGCGGCCGGCAGCCCGAGCCGCAGGACGAGGACGAGGACAGACAGACGGACGCCGAGCUGGACCCGCACGCCUCCGCGGCCCCGGGCUCUGGCUCCUGGGCGGGGCAGGAGGAAGAGGAGGGGCAGGAGAGGAAGAGGGACAGUAGCCUGGGCAACGGGGCGGCGCCCCCGUCCUCGUUGGUUCCCGGGGAGCUGCGUGCGGGCGGGCGAAAGGACCGCAGCGCCUCGUACCAGCUGACCCCGGGGGAGGGCGGGGACGGGCCGGGCCGGGAGAAGGCGCACCACACGCUGGCCGACCUGAAACGCCAACGCGCCGCGGCCAAGCUGCAGAAACGCCCCGCCCCCGCCCCGCCCCUGCCGCCGCCCGCCGAGGAGGAGCCCGCCCCCGGCCCGCCCCCGGACACGCCCGCCCGCGACCCGGCCACGCCCAGCGCCGUCUACUUCACCCCCGCCAGCGGAGACCCCCCCCUCCUAAAACUCAGAGCCCCCGAGGAGGAGAACGCCAGCACCAAGGAGCCCUGCUGUGGGCUGAUGUAG